CUGCGGGCGGCCAGGGUACGGGCGCCAGUCCCGGGGGGGCGGGCUGCAGGCUGCCUUUAGGGCACAGCGCGCCCCCGCCCGGCCCGGCCGGGCCCUGGGAGCUGCGCUCCGGGCGGCGCUGGCAAAGUUUGCUUUGAACUCGCUCCCCGCAGCCUAGACCGCGCGCAGUGAGCGGCUUCCUUGGGCACUCUGACCCAGGGCCGGGCUGCUCCGGACACUAGAGAAAGACGCGAGAGGUUGGGGAGGGAGAAGAGCCUGGCAGCAGGCUGUGCUGGAGGGCCGAGGGACGCCUCCCUCCCUGAGCCCGCAGCGGGGUCAGCACGUCCCCCUUCCCUCCCGCAGGGAGCGGACAUGGACUUCGACUCGUACCAACACUAUUUCUACGACUAUGACUGCGGGGAGGAUUUCUACCGCUCCACGGCGCCCAGCGAGGACAUCUGGAAGAAAUUCGAGCUGGUGCCGUCGCCCCCCACGUCGCCGCCCUGGGGCUCCGGUCCUGGCGCCGGGGACCCGGCCCCGGGAAUUGGUCCUCUGGAGCCGUGGCCCGGAGGGGGUGCUGCGGACGAGGCAGAAAUCCGGGGUCACUCGAAAGGUUGGGGCAGGAACUACGCCUCCAUCAUCCGCCGUGACUGCAUGUGGAGCGGCUUCUCGGCCCGGGAACGGCUGGAGAGAGCGGUGAGCGACCGGCUUGCCGCUGGCGCUCCCCGGGGAAACCCGCCCAAGGCUCCCGCUGCCCCAGACUGCGCUCCCAGCCUCGAAGCCGGCAGUCCGGCACCCGCUGCCCCUUGUCCGCUGGGCGAGCCCAAGACCCAGGCCUGCUCGGGGUCCGAGAGCCCAAGCGACUCGGAGGGGGAAGAAAUUGACGUUGUGACAGUGGAGAAGAGACAGUCCCUGGGCGUGCGGAAGCCAGUCACCAUCACGGUGAGAGCGGACCCUUUGGACCCCUGCAUGAAACACUUCCACAUCUCUAUCCAUCAGCAACAGCACAACUAUGCCGCCCGUUUUCCUCCAGAAAGCUGCUCCCAAGGAGAGGCUCCAGAGAAGGGCCCCCAAGCAGAGCCUCUGGAGAGAGAUGCACCAGACGAAAAGGAAGAGGAGGCAGAUGAGGAAAUGGUGAGCCCCCCGCCUGUAGAAAGCGAGCCUCCCCAGACCUGCCACCCUAAACCCGUCAGUUCUGACGCUGAGGACGUGACCAAGAGGAAGAACCACAACUUCCUGGAGCGCAAAAGGCGGAAUGACCUCCGUUCCAGAUUCUUGGCCCUGAGGGACCAGGUACCCACCCUAGCCAGCUGCUCCAAGGCCCCCAAAGUAGUGAUCCUGAGCAAGGCUUUGGAAUACUUGCAAGCCCUCGUUGGGGCCGAGAAGAGGAUGGCGACGGAGAAAAGGCAGCUCCGGUGUCGGCAGCAGCAACUGCAGAAAAGAAUCGCGUACCUCAGUGGCUACUAACUGACUCAAAAAGCCUGACUGCUCUGGCUUAACAAAGAACUGAAUUUAUUUUUUAACCUCCCCUCUCUCCCUUAGGAAUUUGCACUUUUGGUUCCAGUGGGACAGCCUGGACAGUAGAUCCCAGAAUGCAUUGCAGCCAGUGCACACACAAUAAGGGCUUGCAUUCUUGGAAACCUUGCAACCCAGCUCUCCCUCUGCCCUGACUCGUGGGAGCGCUGUGGCUUCUCUGGCACCUUUGGCUUCUCAGGCGGGCAGCUGACCGAGGAGCCUUGGGGUCUGCCUAGCUCACUAGCUCCGAAGAAAAGCCUGACAGAUGCUAUGCAACAGGUGGUGGACGUUGUCGGGGGGCCUCCAGCCUGCAUGAAAUCUCACACUCCGGAUGAGCUUUAGGCUGGGAAAGGAUGCUCCCACUGGUGUCUCUGGGGUGACGCUAGGACAGCUGGGCCUGGAUGCUCUCCCCGAGGCUCCUUUUUCCAGGAGACAUAUGAGCUGUCUUGGGUGAAGACAAGCUCACAGACUUGAUCAACAUGGACCAUUACCUCACUGUCAGACACUUUACAGUAGCUGGAAAGGAGGUGGAAACCUUUAAUAUAUAUAUUCUGAUGUUAGAUAACAGCCCUCCUCCCACUCUCCAUGCUGCGACCUUGAGAACAUUUAAAGAGCUUGGCCCCUAGAUUCUUUGUCUCAAAGCCCUCUCUCUGGGCCCUUUCCUCUGAGGGCUGAGGACUUUUUUGUUUCCUUCUGCCUUUGUUACACCGUGGGCUCAAUAGCACCCCUUUCCCACAGGUCAGAAAUCCUUCCCCAGGACACAGGGAAAAGGGUCCCAGCCUGUGGCCUAGGGAAGACUUGGAGUCCUGGCAGUGAACUCGUUCCCUGCCCAGGUAUUUUCCAUCUCGGAGUCUUCUCGAGGCAGACGGCAGGCACCACGGGGGUGGGGGCGGUGGGGGGGGAGAGACUGCACUGCUUCCUCUUUCCCACCUCCCCCUCACCUCAAUCCCUAACUGGUAGGUUUGCAGUUCUCCCAGGACCAUGCAAACCUGUCCUUCUCAUGCAACUCCAAGGAGCUCUGUAGCCACCCUUGGGCCCCCUGCCAGCCUGUCAUGAGUCAGAUCCCCUUCCCAGAAUCUGGGCCUUACUGAAGUUCUUACUGGGAGAGCUGCUGGGACCUAUCCAGGGCUCCAGCAGGCAAACUAGCUUCCUGGUGGGUUUUUAAGAAGCUUCCAGGAGCUCUGCUUAGCAGACCAUGAUGGAUUUUACCCCCGCUGAACUCAGCCUCUCCAAGUGGAUCCCAGGUGCUGCCUCCGGUCUGAGAAAGGCACCCAACCCAACAGGCUUCCUGUGGGCAACCUCAGGAGGCCAUAAGCCUGGCCUGGAAGAAAGGCCAGCCUCCCCCAGAGCUCUUCCCAGGGCUGCAGGUGCCUGUGGGUUGUGGGUUUGAAAGUGGGGGAGGGGAGGAUGGUGGACCGCUGUAUGGGGCUCUGGAAAGCCUGCUGCUACUUCAAACCUAUUAUGCAUGAUGGUCUGUUUCUGAGGUUGCUUCCUGGCCUCAGACAAUCCCAGUGGAAGUUUGGGAAAAACCUCCCUACCUUCAGGAGCAUGGUUCUGGGGAGCCAACUGACUUCUGGAACUGUCUUUGGAGAACAGGUGAGAUGUAGGUUCCUGAUAUCUCACCUGAACAACAGCUCGUGUUUUAUAAGCUGCUGUUGGGUAUUAUGCUGGGAGCAGUCUUUUUUUUUUUUUUUUUUUUUUUUAAUACUGUAUUUUUGUAUGCCUUUUGCAAAGUGGUGUUAAUUGUUUUUGUACCAGAAAAAAAUGGAGGCAAUUCUGUUGCAAGAGUCUGAUUUAUUUUGAAAGGUAAGUUUACCUGCAAUUUUGUAUUUAGUUGUGAUUACUGAUUGCCUGAUUUUAAAAUGUUGCCUUCUGAGACACCUUCUAAUAAAAGAUUUCUCAAACAUGUCA